GAAGCUCACCCGUGCGAGCCCCUCAGGUGGGCGAGGGAACGGUGAGGGGCGGCGGGGCGCCGCUGUGCUGUGUGGAGCAUCCGGCCCGCGCCCAGCUUCCGCCGGGUCAGCUGACUGCCCGGAGCCGGACGAAACUGCGCUCCAGCAGCCGCGUGCCCCUUCCCGCCGCGCGCGCCCCGCCGCACAUUCCCCACGCCCGCCGGGUCCUGGCCGCCAUGGCUGGACUGGUGGUCUGUGGAACUCAAGUGUCCUACAUAGGCCAAGACUGCAGAGAAAUUCCAGAACACCUUGGCAAGGACUGUGGACAUUUUGCAAAGAGGCUGGAUCUGAGCUUCAACCUUCUGAGGUCACUGGAAGGACUGAGCGCAUUCAGGAGCUUGGAGGAGCUCAUCUUGGACAACAAUCUGCUGGGGGACGACCUUGUGUUGCCAGGGCUACCCCAGCUGCACACCUUAACCCUCAACAAGAACCAAAUUACUGAUUUGGAGUGUCUGCUUGAUCACCUGGCAAAAGUAACACCAUCUCUGGAGUACCUCAGUCUGCUGGGCAAUGUGGCGUGUCCUAAUGAGCUAGUCAGCUUGGAAAAGGAUGAGGAAGAUUACAAGAGAUACAGGUGCUUUGUUUUGUACAAACUGCCCAACUUGAAGUUCCUAGAUGCCCAGAAAGUAACCAAACAGGAACGAGAAGAGGCAUUGCUCAGAGGGGCCUUCAUGAAGGUUGUGAAGCCCAAGGCUUCUAGUGGGGAUAUUGCUGCCUCUUCAGAGCACCGCCACUAUACACCCUUGCCUUCUGCUUCCAGAGAGCUCACCAGUCACCGAGGUGUCCUGGGCAAGUAUCGCUAUGUUUAUUAUGGGAAGAACUCAGAGGGCAACAGGUUUAUCCGUGAUGACCAGCUGUGAAGCGCAGUUCUGUAAGCCUCAGCCUAUAUCAUGAAAAUUAAGGGGAAAGCAAAAAUAAAGGAAGAGCUAAAGAAAAACAACAGUCCACAUUGCAUCUCUGUGGGAAGGCUACAAUUUCAGCUUUCCAUAUACCUUGUGCUGACUUUGCCAGGCCUGUCAAGAUCAUCCUGCUGCUUUAGACUGAGUGGUCACAGAGAGAUUGACAUGAUUGCCCUUAAGCAGGGCUCAUCCACUGGGGUGACAGACAGCGUCGUCUAAGCACCGGGGCUGACAGCAUGAACACCAUGAUCGAUUGCCUGGUCCCUCCACUGCUUACAGGAGAGCAGAGGUCACACCUGGGGCCUCACUGGGCAUGCUCAGUGACUCCAGCCUUGUGAAGGGGCAAGCAGGGGGGGCUGCCUGCAGCUAGCCUGACUGAGCCAGGAUUCCUCUGCUGUCCCUGUGCUGUGGGUUUAUUUUUAGUGCGAUGGCCAGAGUAUAAAGGAAGGACACUUUCCCAAGGUCCCCUUCUGCACACACACCAGUCUCCUCCAUCCUUCAGUAUUUUGAUGCUUUGUAGAUUUACAGAGAAAAGAAGGGGUAACUUCCCAACUAGCUCAUACAUUUAUGGCUGGCUUCGUGUUUUUACAAUCCCCACUGUAGACUCACUUCACCUAAAUCCCUCCCUGCAAAAGCCCAGGCAUUAUCCUCUUCGAUCCACUUCCAAAUCUACCUGCCCUGAACACGAUGCGGGGCAAGCUGCCUCUCACAACUCAGGAUUUGGUUUGCACCAUGCAACCUUACUCAGUAUUGAAGGCACACACCCUUGCCUGCUCUGCCUAUAGCCACAGUUACACUUGGGGCUUGCUUAUUUGGGUACAAUUUUCAAGUAGUGAGGUGAUGAAAGAUAGAGUGUGAGGGCUCUGGAGGUUGAAGCACAAAAUGAAGCCUGUAGAAAAUACCCAUCCAAUCAAAUCCAAAUUUCCUAUUUCUUCUCCGGACCUCUCAGAAAUCAGAUCCAUAGCUUCCAAAACAUUGGUACAUCAUUUUCUUGGGAUUUUUAGCACAAACAUCACCAAAAAAAAGACUACUACACCCUCGCACUAGUUGCGUGACUCUCACUUCAUUUAACUUAACUGGUGCACAAAGCAAGUCUCUCUGCAAGAUAUUUGAAAGGCUAUGUGCUUGCCUUUAACACAAAGCAUUUAUCUGUUUGUGUCAUGAGUCCUGUAUUUAGGCCAGGUGUUCAUUGUUCUGGGUUGCCUAGAAUUAGGACCGCAAAGCCUGAAGAAAUUCCCUGCAAGAACAGUUAAGGGAAUGACCAGAAACUGGUUGUUGUCAAAGUCUGUGAGCACUCUGCACACCUGAGCUACUUGGAGCCAGGUCACACAGCCUCUAGCCUACUCAGUCAGCACAACCCUGAAUGACAUCUAUCAGGGCUGCCAGGAGUUCCAUGCACAGGUCCUGCAACCUCUAUUAAUCAGCUCUUCAGAAACAUUCACAUUAAAAUCCUCAAAACCACUAAUAAUCAGGGAUUAUCCAACAGUGUCCUUCAUCUCUCCAACCCACUCACAACAAGAGUGGAUACCUGUGCAGUAUUUCACCUACAAAAAUCAGCUCUAGGAUAAUGCUGGAAAUUAGCUGUGUCAGGACCCACCCUGGCUCUUUGUUGGGAAGUUUCAAUGCCUGUUUUGUCCGUGGCAUCUAAUAGGCAGCAGAGCUCAGCACAAGGGCAGCUAGACCAGGCCGAUGUCAUAUCCAAUCUAGCGGCCCAUAUAUCCUUGUCUUUAUAAAAGGCUUUAACCCUGCCUCAAACAAUAAAAAAGCACUUGUGAACUGACCACAGGAUUUUUCCAUCUUUAUUUUUCUUUCUUGUUUACU